AUGGAAUUAAUUUCGAAGGAAUUUUCAAAGGUGGAGAAAAAGCAAAAAGAGGUAGCUGAUUCAACGGUUGACAACAUCGAAAAGAUGAUUAAUGAAAUUCAAGAAGCUCAGAAACGCUUAGAAAAUGAUCCUGAGAACGCUGGUGUUGCAUUAAAGGAACUGGAACAGAAAUUCAAAGAACUUGCAGCAAAAUCAUUAGAAUCUCACAAAGAAUUUCAAAAAGUAAUAGCACGUUAUGAGAAAUCAGUAGACAAGAAAUGGAAGAAUGACAUAACUAUUGCAAGUAACCCGGAAGUAUUUGCCAAUAAAGAAAAGGUUCUCAAUACAACAGUAGCUUUACACUUCAUUCGUGAAGGCAGGUUUGAACUAGCAAACAGAUUUAUAAGGGAAGCACAUUUAUGUAUUCCUGAUACAAUACAGACACAAUUCCACGAAAUGUAUCAAAUUUUAGGAGCCAUAAAACUCGAAGAUUUAGAGCCUGCUAUAGAAUGGGCAAGAUUAAAAAGCAAAGAACUUGAAAAAAGGGGUAGCACAUUAGAAUUUGAGCUUCAUCGACAACGUUAUGUUCAACUUCUUAUUGAUCGCCAAGAAGAGGCAUUAACUUAUGCCAGAAGGAAAUUUUAUCUCUUCAGAGCACAUAUACAACGAUUGAUGUGUGCCUUAGCUUUUAAAACUCGUUUAUCAACUUCGCCUUAUAAAGAUCUUUUGUCGCCCGAUUUGUGGAUUGAAUUACAAAAUAAGUUUAUGCGUGACUUUUGUAAUCUAUUAGGAAUGUCAAGUGAAAGCCCCCUAUAUAUUAGUGUAACGGUAGGUGCGACUGCUUUACCCACAAUCUUAAAAAUGGCUACUAUUAUGAAAGAAAAGAAGAACGAGUGGAGUCAACAAGAUGAAUUACCUGUUGAAGUCCCUCUACCUGAUUAUAUGCGGUAUCAUUCAAUUUUUGCCUGUCCAGUUUCUAAAGAACAAUCCACCGAGGAAAAUCCUCCAAUGAUGUUGCCUUGCGGACACGUGAUUUGCAAAGAGUCUCUUAAUAAAUUGAGUAGAGGUAAUAGGUAA